AUGACACCUAGCGAGUUUGCUCAGCCUGCCAACAUCGCAGACUCCUCACAACCAGGAGGGAAUAUCUCCUCGUUCUUCCCGAUGGUUGUGAUAGUUGGAAAGGAUGUCUCCGUCAUUCACCAGCUGGACUGGGAUGGUGUCUCGCUUCUCAAUAGUGCUAUUGACAUGUUGCUUGAGGGCUGCUCUGCCUAUGUACCCCAGUAUCUGAUCUUCGCGUUGGAGCCGCUUGCAGACUUUCAAGAUACCCUUGCAAUAAUCAUGGAAUGGAAACCUCCUACGAUAACCUCGAUACAAUUUCCAGCGCAAUAG